AUGAAGGUCUUUUUGCUCCUGUCUCUGCUGGCUCCUGUAGCCGUCCUCUCUCAGUUCUACCUCCCUCUAGACUGUGAUGAACUCUAUCAAUAUGACAACACCAAACCCAGUGGGGUGUACACCAUCUACCCUGGGGGUCCCACCACCCCCUUACACGUCUACUGUGACAUGAACACGGAGGGAGGGAGGUGGACUGUGUUCCAGAGGAGAAUGGAUGGAACAGAGAACUUCUUCAGACCCUGGGAAACCUACAAAUCUGGCUUUGGGAACGUGGCUGGAGAAUACUGGCUUGGUCUGGACAACAUCUUCCUCCUGACGAUGAGGAAGAAGAAUGAGCUGAGAGUGGACAUGGAGGACUUUGAGGGAGGGAAAGUUUCUGCUAAAUACACGUCCUUCUCCAUUGAUCCUGAGAACUACGGAUACACACUGAGACUGGGCAGUUAUGUAGACGGAGGGGCAGGUAAUACUUCAUCAGCUUUAACAUCAUCGUCACCUAUGGCUACUAUACUAUUGUCUGUUGGUGCCUGUACGCAUGCUAACCCUAACUCCCUGUACGCCCCACAUCAGGGAACUUCUUUAGCUAAUAUGAAGUUUUUUUGGCAGCACUGGAAAGGGGUAGACUACUCUCUGAAAAGCAUUUCCUUUAAGAUCAGGGCUGUCUCUGAUGCUGUGGCUGUUCAGGAGCAGGAGUAACAUACCUGACUCUAUCAGUCCUGACCUAAUGUCACCAUCUCUAAAUGACUCCACAAAUACAAUGUGGAGGAGGGGGCACCAGAGCUAGCCAGUCACUACAUUAUCACUGUAACACUAACACCUAGAGAACAAUAUGGUCACUACAUUAUCACUGUAACACUAACACCUAGAGAACAAUAUGGUCACUACAUAAUCACUAUAACACUAACACCUAGAGAACAAUGCAGUCACUACAUUAUCACUAUUACACUAACACCUAGAGAUCAAUACGGUCACUACAUUAUCACUGUAACACUGACACCUAGAGAACAAUAUGGUCACUACAUUAUCACUGUAACACUAACACCUAGAGAACAAUACGGUCACUACAUUACACUGACACCUAGAAAACAAUAUGGUCACUACAUUAUCACUAUUACACUGACACCUAGAGGACAAUACAGUCACUACAUUACACUAACACCUAGAGAACAAUAUGGUCACUA